AUGGCCGAUGACGAGGGCCUUGCGGACCGCUAUCAGGUGCUAGAGGAACUAGGCCGUGGAAGUUUUGGCGUCGUGUACAAGGGAAUCGACAAGGUCACUGGAGAGACUGUGGCUAUCAAGCAUAUUGAUCUUGAAUCCAGCGACGAUGAUAUUCAAGACAUUCAAGCCGAAAUUGCUGUCCUCAGCACUUGCGCUAGCUCCUACGUAACCCAGUAUAAGGGCUCGUUUCUUCGAGGGCACAAGCUAUGGAUCAUCAUGGAAUAUUUAGGUGGCGGAUCCUGUCUUGACUUGUUGAAACCAGGAAAUUUUACUGAAGCUCACAUCGCCAUCAUUUGCCGCGAACUUCUUCAUGGAAUCCAAUAUCUGCAUUCGGAAGGCAAGAUCCAUCGCGAUAUCAAGGCGGCAAAUGUGCUGCUUUCAGAUGUCGGCAAAGUGAAGUUGGCCGACUUUGGUGUUGCCGCUCAACUCACAAACAUCAAAUCUCAGCGGAAUACGUUUGUCGGCACUCCGUUCUGGAUGGCCCCCGAGGUGAUUCAACAAGAUGGAUACAGCUUCAAGGCGGAUAUCUGGUCUUUGGGCAUCACCGCAAUGGAGAUGGCCAACGGAGAGCCUCCUCUUUGUCAUAUCCACCCAAUGAAGGUGCUUUUUCAGAUCCCCAAAAAUCAGCCGCCGCGACUAGAAGGCCAUUUUAGCAAAGAGUUCAAAGAUUUCGUUGCUCAGUGUCUCACUAAAGAGUGCAAUCGACGACCCAACGCCAAGGAUCUACUGCGACACAGAUUUAUUCGCUCGGCUGGCAAAAUUGAGGCUCUUCAAGAGCUUGUUAUGCAGAGACAGAUGUGGGAUGCGAACCGGAAUCGCCAGAAGCAUCCGAUUUAUUACCAAGAGACGCUACAGCCUAUUUCAACCAAGGGCGACGACAACGAAGCAUGGGUAUUUGACACUGUAAAAUCGGUGGCAUUACCGAAGCAGCCAAUCGCCAAGCAGCAUAAACAAUCUUCUGUAUUUGCAACAGCUGAAGAAGGGUUGCGCAAGUCGGAUCUUGACGAAAACUCGCUGGGUUCUUCGUCUCCAGCCACAAGCACCAUCCGGAAAUCGACAGUCCGGCGCGCUCCUUCUAUCGUGCAAGUCCCCUCAGCAUACGCUAAUGGCUCGCCUCGAAGCGCAAUAGUAGCUCCAAAGAGGCCUCUCCAGCCUGAUACGUCUUUUGGAAAUUCGGGAUCGACUAUGCGUCUUUUCCGAGGAGCCCCAUCAGAUGGCUCAGCUGGUAUGCGUGGUAGCAGGAGUAUGUCUCCUGAUGACGAUGUGUUUGUCGAUGAGAAUAUUCCUCCACCCGUGGUUCCAUCGGCCGAACCCCAGAGUAAGGAAGGCCUUCUAGGGCGGAGGCUACACUCUAAGGCAGUAGAGCCUACGCUUGCAGAGCUUCAUGCGCAAGCCUCGACGGCGCAGAAACGCGAGGCCAUAGCUAAGCUAUCUGACGCAUUUGCGGCGCUGGAUGCUGUUGAUCCUGAAGGGACGUAUCAUCUCAUGAACAGCCUCGUCGCCGCCAUGAGCCAAGAUAACAAACUGAACGCGGCGGUAUUUCGCCAGUCUAUGCAAAAGAUUCCGAGUGACGGCACUUCUCAAGGGACGGUGAUUGUUAAGAACUCUACUCCAUCCGCGAGCCCUGCCAAGAUAGUGCUAAGCCCUCACCUCCGAACCCAACGUCGACGCCAGCUUGAGUCGCCGGUAUCGAAAGAGUCUCUCAGAGAGCAAGAUAAAGCAGCAAUCGAAGAACAUUAUCCUGGACGAGAAGCACAACUGGGCAUGGAGCAUUGCAAGCAGCUAUCAGACGUACUCUACAAUCGUUGGGCAGAUGGUUUACGCAUCCGGUGGCCAGCUAUCUAA